ACGCGCGCCCGGGCCGCGGCGGAGGAGAGGCGGUGAGCGGGCGGGCGGUGCUCGGUGUCCCCAGGCCCGGCCCCUGCACGAGGAUGCAGGAUGUCUAGGGUUUUCUGCGCUCCUCACGGCCUAUCCAGGAGGCGUGCUAGCACAUAAAUCUGUGCUAAGAACUGAACUCUCUGUGUCCUAGUUUUCCCAUCUGUAAAAUGAGAAUCAGCCAGCGGUGGAGUGUUGUAUGUUCAUUCAUGUUUGUAAAGUGCUUUGAGAUCCUGGGAUGGAAAGUGCUAUAGGCAAAUGCCAAGUAUCCUCAUUAACUGCGUCUUCCAGUUCACCUGUAGUAGUGAAUGUUUAUACAGAAUGUUAGCAGUGAUGCUGGAGUGUGUUUGAUGUUUGUGUUCCCUCUAGAAAAUGAACGAGUGGGCGCCCAUAGCGAAAGACUAUGACCCCCUUAAAGCAGGGAGCAUUGAUGGCACAGAUGAAGAGCCCCAUGACCGUGCCAUAUGGAGGGCCAUGUUGGCACGGUACGUACCCAAUAAGGGGGUUAUGGGAGAUCCCCACCUCACUCUGUUUGUAGCAAGACUGAAUUUACAAACCACAGAGGAGAAGCUGAAGGAAGCCUUUUCCAGGUAUGGAGACAUUAGGAAGAUUCGUCUGGUUAGAGACUUGGUCACGGGUUUUUCCAAGGGCUAUGCGUUUAUAGAGUACAAAGAGGAACGAGCGCUCUUGAAAGCCCAUAGAGAUGCCAACAGGCUGGUUAUUGACCAGCAUGAGAUAUUUGUGGACUUCGAGCUGGAAAGGACCCUCAAAGGAUGGAUCCCUCGGAGACUUGGAGGUGGUUUUGGAGGCAAGAAGGAAUCUGGGCAGCUGCGGUUUGGAGGGCGGGACAGGCCUUUCCGAAAGCCCAUCAAUUUGCCAACUAUGAAAAGCGACUUCUAUGGAGAGGGGCCAGUGGAGAAAAGAGAAAGGAGCUGGUCUCGUGAGGGAGCGAGGGACUGGAGAGCGAGGGACCGAGACCCCGAAAGGAACCGAGACAACAGAUGGCUGGAAAGGGAGCGAUCGUGGGCUUGGGGUGAAAGCAACCGGGAGAGAGAGCGGGAUUCCAAAGAGGAAAGGAGCAGAGGAAGAGACAGGAAGGACAGAGAGAGAAAAGACAGGGAAAGAGACCGGAGCAGGGAGAGAGACUCUAAGAAGCAGAGAGAUGAUGACAAACAUCGGUAGAAGAAAGUGUCUUUAUUACAAAUAAGCUGAACAUCCAUGAACUGUGGGGAAGUUUACAGCCAGACCCUUCCAAAAGGUACUGAUUCAAACAACCCUGAACUGUGGUCAGGUUCUAAUCCAGGCCUGGGCCAGCCUCUGGCUUAAGAAAGCUAUAGGAACAGAUUCAACCCGUGGCUUUACUGCAUGCUUCCAACCUGCAAGGAACCCUGCUAAUCUCCUGGAACUAGAUCCUCAGCAGGUGUAAAGUUGGAUAGAGCCACUGUCUUCAGCAAAGCUGCACCAGCCGAGCAGCUGACCCGUUGUCUCUGGUUUAUUGUCCUUCAGGUCAUUUCUAUGGUGGUUUUGCCAGAAAGAGGGGACAAUGACUCCUGCAGUAACCUGCACCUGUGUUGAGUUGUGGAUCUCUUAUUUACAGAGCUUUUGUUCUCUGUCUCAUGUAUUAUGUGGUAUCUGCCCUUUCUUUGGUUUGAUUCCCCACCCCCACCUUCUUAAAUGUAAAAUGUUCUUUGUGUGCAAGCAAAUCUUCCUGUGGGUGUAUUCUAACCAUGUGGUGACUGUCUCCUUUCUUUCCGGAGGUCAGGACUGUAGCAGGAUUCCUUAACAUGGUUCAAUUAUACAGGCAAGGCCAACAUCUCUUAUAAACAGGAGAGAGCCCCAGUUCUGUUAUGACAUGAUCCCCCUUACUCAGUAGUUUACCUCUAUAGAUGGGCCCUUAUACUGCGUUAGAUUCAGCAUAGCCCUCCCCAGCUCAUGCAGCUUGGAGCUGAGAGAGCUGCAGCUGGCAUUGGUAUCAAUAGUCCCAGCCUUCCAGAUAUUGACAGGAGUCCUACAGGAAAAAGAGGAGAGCCAGAACUGGGCAUUCACAGCAAAAGUGUUAGAAGGCAGAUCUUAGGACACAGCCAAUUAUUUUAUUUGUUGCUCUUCAGAGGUUUUCUUUACGCAAAGUCUCACUAAUGUGUUUUAUAGAGCGGGGAGGAGGGGUAGCAGGAUCUGGGAAAUAACGAAAGCAUUGGAAAGCACAGAGUAUUGCAUUUACUGCCUCUGAUGAUCUCGGGCUCUAUGUAGUUUCAUUUCUAAGAACAUUAAGGAACCAGUAAUCACUGUUUGCUGUGGGUUCUCUAUUAUACUUUGCUGCAGGGAGACCCAAUGGAAUGUACAAGUUGUACGUACCUAUGAAAAUAAAAAUGAAAUGUUUAAAAAUUUUUUAACCACAUGAUACUUGUUGGCAUUCUGUAAGGAACACCAGACUUACAGAUGUGCCUGUAUUCACACCUAAUUCAGUGGGAUGUAAAAUGAAAUGUGUGCCCAGGCUUCUUGGCUAUUCAGAGAAUGGCUUCUUUGUAUAUCAGACAGCCCGGUCCUUAAAUAUUUCCUAUAUAUGCUGUGUGCUCAUAUGACAGACUGAUGAAGUCACCUAUUGAAGAAAUAUCUGUAAAAUCA